UCAAACGCCUCCUCAGAAGGUAUCGUGGGGCAGAAGGCAGAGAAAGACGGAUAGAAGCCGGGGAUGGGGAGGGAGAGCGAGGCGGAGGCAGGGACGAGGGCGGUGGCGAGGCUAAUUGAGAAGGCCACCAAUUCGACGGCCGGCGAGGUGGACCCGCGCCUCCUCAAGGCCAUCAAAUCCACCGUCCGGUCCUCCUCCGACGAGAUCCACGCCGCUGUUGACUCCCUCAUGGACCAUAUGAAGAAGCAACACGCCCAGGUGCGAUUCCUAGCUGUUCUUAUAGUUGAUGAAUUGUUCAUGCGUUCAAAGCUGUUCAGGUCCGUCCUUGUAGUCAAUUUGGAUCAGUUCCUGAGCUUAAGCAUUGGUUUCAGGAGAGACCUGCCUCUUCCUCCUCCUUCUUCCAUUGCAUCCCAUCUGCGCUCAAAGAGCAUAGAACUGUUGGAGAAAUGGAAUGCCUCUUUUGGAAUUCACUACAGGCAGCUUAGAUUGGGUUUCAAUUACCUGAAGAACACCCUCAGAUACCAGUUUCCUAAUCGGUUGGAGAAUGCCACUCGGUUGCAACAAGAGAGACAGGAACGAGAGAUGAGGUCAAAGCAGAUUUUGCUCGAUAAAUUUGAAAAUCUUAAGGACAAGUUUUCCUCCAUCCAGGCUGAAAUUCAGUCAACGAUUGAUGAAAUAGAAGAGUGCUUAGAAAUUCUUAGUGUUAAACAAGAAGAAUUUACUCCGAAUCUGUCCACUGAGGAUGAUGAGGUGGAAGAAUUUAAAUCUCUUACAUUGCAGCAAAUCCGUCUUGACUCCUUGAAGGAGGGAGAGAAAGUCAAGGAAGACAGUGAUAACAAAGUUAUCUUUGAUGCCCUCAGAGAAUCACUUAAGCUUUUAAUCUCAAAGCAUUUGUCAUCAGUGCAGGAAUGGAUUUCUGUUCUUGUCAGGGUUGAUCUCACUGACAACAAAUUCAGGGAUAAUGCAUUAAAGGAGUUCAUCGAUAUCCGCAAUCUUAUCCAUUCCGUCAGGGCACGCUGUGGUCAGUUAGGCUGUUUUCUUGACAAUCCCUCUGACCUCAAAAAGGAUGAGGAUGAUGAUGAUUUGUGGGAAGAGGGAAAGAUAGAACAUUACAUGCCUGCGACUUCUAGUGUACCUAACAGUUCAGUUGGGAAUUCUGCAGAUACUGCAACAAGCAGCAAGGGAAAGGAUGUAGCACUCCCUGAUGCAAACAAGUCAUCAAUUGGGCAUGUUUUGAGCUCAACUUCUGAGAGGUCAAGACUAUUGGUGGAAGCUCCUGUAGUGACAUGGGGUCCAUUCUUGGACAACUGGGGUCCAAACCAAGAUGUUUUAGCUAAUCAUAGGGGUCUGGAGCUCCAGGCUCACUGGGGUAGGGUGGAUUAUGAUGCUGUCAUUCCUGCAGAGAAGAUCGCAGAGCUGAAUUUUCAUCGAACAGUUUAUAAGGAGGAACCUGUUGAACUUCCACCUUGCCGGGCUCCUUUGAAGAAAGGGGGACUUUGUCAGAGAAGGGAUUUGAGGGUGUGCCCGUUUCAUGGGCCCAUCGUAGCACGCGACGACGAGGGAAAUCCAAUAGAUCAAAAUUCACAGGGUGAUAGGGAAACUGAAAAAGAGUAUCCUACAGCAGCAACGGACCUAAGAAGUGAUUCGGUAGAUGCCCAUGGAACUCUCAAUCUGGGAAAAGAAAUGGUUGAGAAAUUGGGGAGACAAGCAGUCAAAAAUGUACGGGAAAGAGAGAGGGAUAUGAAGUCAAUGAAGCGAGCGAAGCUGGCAAAAAUUCGUGAACACAAUGAAGAUGUUUUGCGGGAAGCUGCAAUUGCUUCAACUUCAUACUCAGAAGCUUUUGCAGAACAUCCAGCAACAUCAGUUCGAAAUGGAGCUGAAGUCAAGGUUAAGAAGCCGACAUUGGCAUCGAUGCUGAAAAAGAAAAUAACUGCAAAGGAUAGAUUAGCUCAAAGGCUUUUAAAUAGUCGUGUAACCGAUUCUGCAAGUAGACAGCUAAUGCAGGGGGAGGAUUCAAAAUACCGAGAAGCUUUCCCAAAUCAAUGGUAGAUGGAGACUUUGUUAGCUAAUCAAACUGGUAAAAUUUGAAUUGAAGCCUGUAUGCAGGUCGUAACAGGAGGGCGCAGAGUAUUGUAUUGUAUUUAGUACAGAUCAGAUGUCAGUUAUCUUGAGGCCUGAAAGAUGGAACUCUAAAGUAGCUUUCUCCUGGGAAAGGCAGUCAAAGAAAACAGAACCAAGUCAUUGAUUCUUGAAGGGUCUUUUCAUGAUACCGCAAUAUAUAUUAUGAGGUGAUAUUCACUGGCAUCUUCCAUCAGUACGACCUUUUUUUUUUUUUUGGGGUGAGGCCAUCAAUACCACUGUUAUCAGAGCACCAAGGGUCGUUUUAGACGGAGUUGCAAGUGAUGAGUUUCUGGUAUUUAGAGGAAUGACUGACAACUAUUGUACAAGCUUUUUUUUUUAUGUUUUUUUGUACAAGUUAAUCAAACAAAUAAACGUGGGAAACUGAAACUAGUUUCUCGACUGUUUCUUGGGAAAUUGUGAAUGAGGACUACACUUAAGUGUUCCUCUAUUCCAUUUCCACUCUGUGCUAGCCUAGCACCUAAAAUAAACGCGAGUGCUUCUCAAGUUCAACGAUGAGAUCGGCAUUCCUGAUGCAUAAACGAUGAGAUCGGCAUUUCUGAUGCAUAAAGCCUUGGGUAUGUUAGGUUAUGUAGGUUAGAGAAAUAAGUGCGUUGGGUGAAGGUCACACAUGGGGUCUAGAUAAGUAUAUGAUAGAUAUUCCCUUUGGAGUUUUCCAUUUUAUAUGGACAGAGCUGGAAUAUAUUGAUCA